GUUGGACAACAAAAACUGGUCACUUUCUAAACGGACACAGAAGUGCCGUGCCUUCGUGCUGGUGAGAAAAGCAUUUGGCCGUCUAAUUUAGUCGCCCAUUACUGUUUCUCCUCCCUUCCGUUCUCCGUACAACGUCAUCAAGUGUCGCGCAGUAAGCACACAUUCCUUCAAUUCCCCUGUAAUUCCGGAUUCUUUCGCAAAAGGCGCAGUAAACAACCGCAGUAAAAAUGGCCGGUGCUAAUCCAUUCCAGAGUUUGCUGAAGGAGAUCAACGUCAAUGGCGAAACAUUCCACUAUUUCGACAUUGCCUCAUUCCCGGAGUAUCGCGAACUACCGUACAGUGUGCGCGUGCUGCUCGAGUCGGCCGUCCGGAACUGCGACAACUUCCAGGUGCUGGAAAAAGACGUGCGGGGCAUCCUGCGAUGGAAGCAGCUGAAGGGUACGCCGACCUCCGACGACGAGCUGGAGAUCCCGUUCAAGCCGGCCCGCGUCAUCCUGCAGGACUUUACCGGCGUUCCGGCGGUGGUCGAUUUUGCGGCCAUGCGUGACGCCGUGCUGAAGCUGGGCGGUGACCCCGACCGCAUCAAUCCCAUCUGCCCGUCCGAUCUGGUGAUCGACCACUCGGUGCAGGUGGACUUUGCGCGCAGCGAGGACGCGCUGGCCAAGAAUCAGGAUCUGGAGUUUGAGCGCAACAAGGAACGCUUCACAUUUCUGAAGUGGGGAGCGAAGGCGUUCAACAACAUGCUCAUCAUUCCGCCCGGCUCGGGCAUCGUGCACCAGGUCAAUCUGGAGUAUUUGGCGCGCGUCGUGUUUCAGGACGCGGCGAAGGAGGGCGCGGCACGGUUGCUGUACCCGGACAGUGUCGUCGGUACGGACUCGCACACCACCAUGAUCAAUGGGCUCGGUGUGGUCGGAUGGGGUGUCGGUGGCAUCGAGGCCGAGGCGGUGAUGCUCGGUCAGGCGAUCUCGAUGCUGCUGCCGGAGGUGAUCGGCUACAAGCUGGUGGGCAAGCUGAACCCGCUCGUCACGUCCACCGAUCUUGUGCUGACCAUCACGAAGCAUCUGCGCCAGAUCGGUGUGGUGGGGAAGUUUGUCGAGUUCUUUGGCCCGGGCGUGAGCGAGCUGUCCAUUGCGGAUCGGGCCACCAUCAGCAACAUGUGCCCGGAGUACGGUGCCACGGUCGGUUAUUUCCCGGUGGACAAGAACGCGCUGGACUAUCUGCGCCAGACGAACCGGGCGGAGGAGAAGGUGCGCGUGAUCGAGGCGUACCUGAAGGCGACGGAUCAGCUGCGCGAUUUCGGCAAUGCCGAGCAGGAUCCGGUCUUUACGCAGAUCGUCGAGCUGGAUCUGGCGAGCGUCGUUACGUCCGUUUCUGGGCCGAAGCGCCCCCAUGACCGGGUGGCCGUCAGCGAGAUGCAGCAGGACUUCCGCCAGUGUUUGGUGAGCAAGGUCGGCUUCAAGGGAUUCGCCGUGCCGGAGGCGGAAAUGAGUGCCGAGGGUAGCUUCAGCUGGACGGACGGCAAGACGUACGCGUUGCGGCACGGUUCGGUCGUCAUUGCGGCCAUCACGUCCUGCACCAACACGAGCAACCCGUCCGUAAUGCUCGGUGCGGGCCUGCUGGCAAAGAAAGCGGUCGAGGCGGGUCUGAAGGUGGCUCCGUACAUCAAAACUUCCCUUUCCCCAGGCAGCGGUGUCGUGACGUACUAUCUGAAGGAGUCGGGUGUCAUUCCCGCGCUGGAAGAGCUCGGCUUCAAUGUGGUCGGGUACGGUUGCAUGACCUGUAUCGGUAACUCGGGCCCGCUGGACGACAAUGUGGCGAACACGAUCGAGAAGAACAAUCUCGUGUGCUGCGGCGUGCUGUCCGGCAACCGCAACUUCGAGGGCCGCAUUCACCCGAACACGCGCGCCAACUAUCUGGCCAGUCCGCUGCUCGUGAUCGCGUACGCACUGGCCGGCACGGUCGACAUCGAUUUCGAGAAGCAACCGCUCGGUACGCGUCCGGACGGUUCGGCCGUGUUUCUGCGCGACAUCUGGCCAACGCGCGCGGAAAUUCAAACCGUCGAGCAGAAGCACGUGAUUCCGGCCAUGUUCCGCGAUGUUUACGAAAAGGUGGAGCUGGGGUCGGACUCCUGGCAGGGGCUGAACGCACCGACCGGCAAGCUGUACCCGUGGGACACCCAGUCGACGUACAUCAAGCGGCCGCCGUUCUUCGACGGCAUGACGCGCGAGCUGCCCAAGAUCGGAAACAUCGUCAAUGCGCGGGCGCUGCUGAAUCUGGGCGAUUCCGUCACGACCGAUCACAUCUCGCCGGCCGGUUCGAUCGCACGCAACAGCCCGGCCGCACGGUUCCUGUCCGACCGGGGGCUAACACCGCGCGACUUCAACUCGUACGGUUCGCGGCGCGGCAAUGACGACAUUAUGGCGCGCGGUACGUUCGCUAACAUUCGGCUCGUGAACAAGCUGGUUCCGCGGCCAGGCCCGCGCACCCUGCACAUCCCGAGUGGGGAGGAGAUGGACGUGUUCGACUGUGCGCAGCGGUAUGCCGGCGAGGGAACGCCGCUGAUUGCGCUCGUUGGCAAGGAUUAUGGCAGUGGAUCGAGCCGUGACUGGGCGGCGAAGGGUCCGUACCUGCUCGGCAUUAAGGCGGUUAUUGCGGAAUCGUACGAGCGCAUUCACCGCUCGAACCUGGUCGGGAUGGGCAUUGUGCCGCUGCAGUAUCUGGCCGGACAGAACGCGGAAAGCUUGGGCCUGACGGGGCAGGAGCUGUUUAGCAUUGCGAUUCCGGAGAGCUGCAAGCCGCACGAACGCAUCCCGGUCAGCACGGACUGUGGCAAGCAGUUCGAGGUGAUCGUGCGCUUCGACACGGAGGUGGACCUGGAGUACUUCCGCAACGGCGGCAUCCUGAACUACAUGAUCCGGAAGAUGAUCGACUAGGAGCCCGCAGCGGUUGUGGCAGUACCAUUAUUACAACAAUAUUAUCUUACGCGAACAAUUUUUGGACACCUUUAUAUCAUUAUUAUACGAAUUUUUUUUGUUAUCACGGAAAGGGAAAAGUGGACCCUUUAAACUCACGAAGAGAGGCAAUAAAGAGGUAUUUGGGUGGGUAUAAAAAAUAAGCGAA